AUGAUCUCAAAGACACAGUCACACAGGUACAGAAACACAACCACAGUCACACAUGCACUGUCAGACAACCACGGUCACACAGCAACGGUAACACAGACACGGUUGCACAGACACAGAAUCACAACCACGGUCACACAGGCACGUUUACAGAGCCUCCGUGUCACCACCACGGUCACACAGGCAGGUUUACACAGCCACAGCAUCACAACCAUCGGUCACACACGCACUGUUACACAGACACAGCAUCACGACCACGGUUACACAGGCAGGGUCACACAGCCACGCUUACACAGUCACAGCAUCACAACCACGGUCACACAGGCACGGUUACACAGACACAGCAUCACAACCACGGUUACUCAGGCAGGGUCACACAGUUACAGCAUCACAACCACGGUCACAACCAUGGGUCACACAGGCACUGUUACACAGAGACAGCAUCACAACCACAGUCACACAGGCAUGGUAACACAGACACAGCAUCACAACCACGUUCACACAGGCAGGGUCACACAGGCAAGGUUACACAGACACAGCAUCACAACCAUGGUCACACAAGCAUGGUUACACAGACAUCACAAUCACAGUCACAACACCAUGGUCACACACGCACACACACACAACCACGGUUACACAGUCACAGUCACACAACCACGGUUCCACAGGCAUUCUCACACAACCAUGAAGGCACACAGACACAGUCACACAGGCACCGAACAGAGUCACACAAUCACCAUUACACAGGCAGAGUCACACAACCACCGUCACACAGGCACUGCCACACAGGCAGUCAAACAACCACUGUCACACAACCACACACAGGCAUACUCACACAACCAUGAAGGCACAGUCGCACAGACACAGAGGCAGUCUCACAGGCACAGUCACACAACCACUGUCACACAGUCACACAACCACUGUCACACAGGCACUGUCACACAGGCACAGUCACACAACCAUGGACACACAGGCACCGUCACACAAUCAUGGUCACACAGUCACACAGGCACUUUCACACAACCACACACAGGCAUACUCACACAACCAUGA